AUGGCGUCCUUGGAGUCGUCGGUGGUAGGAGUCCCAGCGGCAGCAGCCACGGCAGCCCAAGAGGCCUCAGCCAGGAGGAGCCCCAGGGAGGGGAACGGUCUUGCGGGGAACAGGCGGCGUCGUGGUCUUCGUGGAGGCGCAUCCCGUCGUCGUUGUCGUCGUCACCGCCGCCACCACCGCCGCCACCACCAGAGGCGGGCCGGCAUCGCCCUAGCCCAGGUGACCUUCCCUGUGAUCAUGGUGGAGCACGUGCUCAUCGAGGAGGAUGGUGGCUACCAGCAGGUCCUGAGUUUCCUGACAGCCAUCCCCGAGUCCCUGGUGGUCCCGGUCCUGUACAGCGGCCGGAGGCUCAUCAACCCCGGACUGGUGGGCCUGGUAGCGCACUAUAACGCUCUUCUCCAAGGCUAUUUUGUGACCACCACCCUUUCCCAGGUGGCCCCGGAACUCUGCCCCGCUCCGGCCGCCUGCCCUCGCUUUGACCUCGGGCAGGCUCCAUUCUGUCACAAUACAGCCGCAUUUCCAGACAACCUGCUCCCGUGUGGUCACUAUGGGCUGGGCCCGGGCCUUGAGGACAAACAACGGCAGCAGAGGGCGUCCGGCCAGGCCCCGCCUCCGAACGGCUGGCUGUCACCACGGCAACAGGGCGGAGCCCAGCAGGCGCACCCUAGAAGGCCAUCACAGCGUGUGACGCAAGGCACGCCGGCCGUGGCCGCCAUUACGGCCGGUGCCUGGGCCGGCGACAGGCGAGCCCACCCGGAAGCGCGGGGGCGGCGGGCGACCAUGGCCGGGGUCGGGGGCGGCGGCGCGGGGCCCGAGGCCGGGGACUUCCUGGCCCGGUACCGGCUGGUGUCCAACAAGCUGAAGAAGCGCUUCCUGCGGAAGCCGAACGUGGCCGAGGCCGGAGAGCAGUUCGGGCAGCUGGGCCGCGAGCUGCGCGCUCAGGAGUGCCUGCCCUACGCGGCCUGGUGCCAGCUGGCGGUGGCGCGCUGCCAGCAGGCGCUCUUCCACGGGCCCGGCGAGGCGCUGGCGCUCACCGAGGCCGCGCGUCUCUUCCUGCGGCAGGAACGCGACGCGCGCCAGCGCCUGGUCUGCCCCGCCGCCUACGGGGAGCCGCUGCAGGCGCCUCCUGCGAACGCCUCCUGCUCUUCCGAGGCGCUGGGAGCGUUCUCCGACGUGCUGGUCCGCUGCGAGGUGUCCCGAGUGCUGCUGCUGCUCCUCCUGCAACCUCCGCCCGCCAAACUGCUGCCCGAGCACGCCCACACCUUGGAGAAGUACUCCUGGGAGGCUGUGGACAGCCAUGGGCAGGAGAGCGGCGGCCAGCUUCCCGAGGAACUCUUUCUGCUGCUCCAGUCCCUGGUCAUGGCGACCCACGAAAAGGACACCGAAGCUGUCAAGUCGCUGCAGGUGGCCAUGUGGCCGCUGCUGAGUGCCGAGCAGAACCACCUCCUUCACCUCCUGCUGCUGGAAACCAUCUCCCCCUCCGGGCUGGGCAUCUGA